AUGGCAUACUACCAACAAAAUCCUUCGGACAACAUGCAGUUUUAUCAGUCCAAUUACGCCAACCAGGCGUAUCAGCAACCUUCUGUAUCCAGUCCAAAUAUGGGUUCAAUGGACACGAUGUUCGGAUCACAUUUUGACGUUUCCGGCGACAUGGGUGGCGAACUUACUCCUGGAAUUAUUGCAGCAUUCGGUACCUCGGGAUACCCAAGCGAACCACCAUUGUUGGAGGAAUUGGGGAUCAACUUUCUGCAUAUCAAGGGCAAGACGCUAGCCGUGUUGAACCCUAUCCAAAGAGAUGUGAACCCGGAGAUAAUGAGCGAUUCUGAUUUGGCGGGCCCUAUCUUGUUUGUGUUGUUGUUCGGCACUUUGCUACUAUUAUCUGGUAAAGUCCAGUUUGGCUACGUCUACGGUGUGGGUGUGUUUGGCAUUGUAAGCUUGCAUUACCUUUUCAAACUCAUGAGCAACGAGGUCCAAAUUGACUUGACUCGCUCAGCAUCUAUAGUCGGCUAUUGCUUGUUGCCUUUGGUGUUUAUAUGUGCGUUAGGGCUUGUGGUAUCGUUAGACUCCACUAUUGGCUACCUAAUGAGUGCAUUUGCUGUGUUCUGGUGCACUUUCAGCGCUUCUGGCCUUUUCAUCACGGCUUUGAAGUUGCACAAUAUGCGGUCCUUGAUUGCAUACCCCCUCGGUCUCUUCUACUCAGUGUUUGCAUUGAUGGCAAUCUUCGUCGAUUCGAAGCACGCUGAAACCAAAAGCUAUUCAUCUUAA